AUGCAUAUUUUGUUUUUAAAUUCAGCUGGGCUAACAUCCAAAUCACCACUGACAGAACUUCAGCUAAUAUUUGAAGAUACUUUCGAUAAUGGUUUUGACAAAAGCAAAUGGAAGAAUGAAAUCUCUGCUUUUGGUGGUGGGAACUGGGAAUUUCAAAUUUAUUCUCCAGAACCAACAAACACAUUUGUUAGAAAUGGUGUACUUCAUCUUAAACCGACAACAACAGCAGACAAAUUUGGUGAGAAUUUCCUUCAUCAUGGAAUCCUUGACAUGAGAAGAGAGUGGGGAUAUUGUACAAAAUCUGAAUUUUAUGGUUGCCUUAGAAACUCUAAAGAUGCAAUGAUACCCCCAAUUAUGUCUUCAAAGGUUAUAUCAAAAGUUAGUUUCAAAUAUGGACGAGUUGAAGUUGUGGCGCAGAUGCCGAUUGGAGAUUGGAUAUGGCCAGCUAUUUGGUUGAUGCCAAAGGAAGAACAUUACGGAGGAUGGCCAAUGUCUGGAGAAAUAGAUAUGGUGGAAGUGAGGUGUAACAAGCAUUUUGGAGAUAUUGGAAUACAACGUAUGAUGUCAACUCUUCACUGGGGACCUCACAGCUACAGCUACCAAGUAAAUAUCAUAUCCUCACGUCUAGCUAAUGGAAAUUGGAGUGACAAAAUGCACAAGUACACAAUGGAUUGGAAUGAAUAUCACAUCAUUCUGUCAGUGGAUGACGAACCUGUACUGACGGCAGACACCCCCCAAUAUGGAUAUUGGGGAUUAGGAGGAUUUUCCGGAAAUAACUUAUGGUCUAAUGGUAGUCGUGAUGCACCAUUUGAUAGAGAGUUUUAUCUCCAAAUGAAUACAGCUGUUGGAGGAACAAAUGGCUUCUUUCCUGAUGGGGUCCAAAAUGCUGGCUACAAUAAACCAUGGUCAAAUAAUGACCCCAAAGCAUCUGAAAAAUUCUGGAACGCCCGUAAUCUUUGGAUGCCUACGUGGCAUGGAGAUGAUUCAGCUCUCAAAAUUGACUCUGUUCGCAUUUGGAAGAAAAUUUAAAGCUUAUUGUAUUUUGAUAUAAUUUAUUGCUCAUUUAUGUAAAUAAAGGCAACAGAAGUAUACCAGUGUUCGGAGGUCAAAAUGCGAUUGAGAGAAAACAUAUCCGGGUUAAAAAGUUAAACAGAAGGAAACACAGCAACUAUAAGAGGAAGUUAUAUGUUUGAUUAACGUAUCUUAAAAGCAAAACACACUGUUAUUUAUGUGUACCGACUUGAAAUAAAACUUCUAUGUCUAUA